UUCUGUCUUUUUUGAAGAAAAUGAGUGGGCGAGGAAAAGGCGGGAAAGGUCUCGGGAAAGGAGGCGCCAAGCGUCAUCGCAAAGUUCUCCGUGACAACAUCCAAGGUAUUACUAAGCCAGCGAUUCGUCGUUUGGCUCGCCGUGGUGGAGUCAAGCGUAUCUCAGGUCUCAUCUACGAAGAGACCCGAGGAGUGCUUAAGGUGUUUCUGGAGAACGUCAUUCGUGAUGCCGUCACCUACACUGAGCACGCCAAGAGAAAGACCGUCACCGCUAUGGAUGUGGUUUACGCUCUGAAGCGUCAGGGUCGCACUCUGUACGGCUUCGGUGGGUAAAUCUGUCUCAUUUGGAAAUCCGUUUUGCAUCUGCCCAAAGGCUCUUUUAAGAGCCGCCCAUAUUUUCUGUUAAAAGCAGCCAUUCCUUGUUAAUGUC